AUGUCCGAUGCUGCGCCCUUUCCCGUGGCCACGUCCUCUGCUCCAGCGGCGCUCCGAUCGGCGUUGAAGUCGGACGACGAUGCUGCUUACUCGAACGGCUCCAUCAAAGCCGUCCAGAUUGCCGAACCCAGCUCUGAGCCGUUCCCCGACGUUGAAGCCCAGCCGCCGCGGCGCUUCCGUGCCAGCUCCUUUCGCCGCCACGGAGCCAAGUCCACAUUCUCUCCUCUCUCGGCUGCUUCGCCUCGGGCCUGCGCCAGUGAUGCCUCCUCCGCCGUGCACGCUGCUGAAGAGCAGGCCCAACUGGGCUCUCAACAUCACCAUCAAAGCCACCACCGUAGCCAGCACUACGGCGAGAAGCUGCUGGCCCAGGUCGGAGAAUGGUUGGAGCGUGAGAAGCAGAAGGCUGCCGUUCGGAGAAAGAAACCGACGCACCGACGAAAAUCCAAAUCUCCCCCGGUUGACCAGCAUCAAGCUGCCGUCGAUCCCAUUUCCGGCCGCCAACGCUCCCCCUCCGUCGAUUCCCAGUCUAGUGACGUCUCCCUAGGCAGACUGGAGAGCAUCUUGGCCGACUCCAUGGCCCAACUCGGUCUCACUUCGAUCCCCAAGCAUGCCCCCAAAGUCUCUCGUCCGAAACGCAGACCCCCCUUCCAACGCGCCGCUUCGUCAGAUACCGACUACGUCGACGGCGACGCCAUCGUGCCCGACUGCGAUGCCUGGCUGGACAACUCCAAGACGCUCGGCUACUCCGGAGGUGGCGUCACCACAGAUGACUUGGAUGAGAAGGCGGAAAAGGAGCGUGAGGCCUGGCUGAGCUUCAAGAACGAAAUCAUCCGCAUUGCCCACACCCUGAGGCUCAAGGGAUGGAGACGUGUACCGCUCGAGAGCGGCACGGCCAUCGUCGUCGAGCGCCUGAGCGGCGCCUUGACGAAUGCCGUUUACGUCGUCACGCCCCCAAAGGAGAUGACCGAAGUCGACGGCAAGAAGCCGCCGCCCAAGUUGCUUCUCCGCAUAUACGGUCCCCAAGUGGAGCAUCUCAUCGACCGCGAUAACGAGCUCAAGGUUCUCCAGCGACUGGCCCGAAAGAAGAUCGGCCCUCGCCUGCUCGGAACCUUCCGGAACGGCCGCUUCGAGCAGUACUUCAACGCCAUCACGCUCAACUGGUCUGAUCUCCGCGAGCCGGAGACUUCGAGGCAGAUUGCGAAGCGGAUGAGAGAGCUUCACGACGGCAUCGACUUGCUGCCGAGCGAGCGGGAGAACGGCGCCGGAGUUUGGAAGAACUGGGACCAGUGGCUAGACAAUGUGGCCAAGAUCACCAAGUUCCUCGAUGCCCAACUGGAGGCUGGCGUUGACUCCGGUCGUGCCGACUCCGUAGCGCACGCCUGGAUGUCGAACGGCCACGUCUGUGGCGUGCCAUGGCCUCAGUUCCUGGACAUCGUCACCAAGUACCGGUCCUUUCUGGAAAGUUCAUACAAGGACGAGAAGACAGUCAAAGAUCGCCUUGUCUUCGCACAUAGCGACACACAAUACGGCAACAUCCUUCGUUUCCGGCCCGACGACGAAAAGUCGCCGCUUCUCCAGGCCGCCAACAAGCACAAGCAGCUCAUCGUCAUCGACUUUGAGUACGCCGCCGCCAACACGCCAGGCCUAGAGUUUGCCAACCACUUCACCGAGUGGGCGUACAACUACCACGACCUCGCCAGGCCUCAUGUCUGCAACACCACCAACUACCCAACGCUCGAGGAGCAGAAGCGUUUCAUCAAGGCCUACGUUGACCACCGUUCGCAGUUUCCCAACGCCAGCCUGACGCCGCGCAUCCGUCCGGCGGAUAGCGGCGUCGUCAGCACCCCGCCACUCGUGCCAACCGCAUCCUCGAGCUCCAUCAUCGACUUCAUGCUCGACGCACGGGCUCCUCCUGGCGGUUGGGGUGCCGCCGAGCGCGACCACGAUGAGCAAACCGAAAAGCAAGUCAGUGAACUUCUGGAGGAGGCGCGUUUGUGGCGACCGGGAAACAGCGCGCAGUGGGUAGCUUGGGGCAUCGUCCAGGCCAAGGUACCUGGGCUGGAUGCAAACUAUGAACCCCUUUCUGAGAAGGAAACGCUCGAGGCCGAGCAGGGCAUUGGCGCCGACGAGUUCGACUAUCUGGGCUAUGCUCAGGAGCGUGCCAUGUUCUUCUGGGGCGACGUCUUGCAGAUGGGCCUGGUCAAAGAAGAAGAGCUUCCGGAGUCGCUGCUAGCGAGGAUCAAGAUUGUGCCCUAUUGA